CGUUCGGAAAUGGAGCGAUGCAGCUGGGCGAACGGCGCUCGUCUGCUGCUCCACCUGUUCGCCGCCAUUAACCUGGCCAAAGCCGUAUAUCAUGACUACCGAUACGCGCAGUUGCCAGAAUUGGCGGUGACCCUGCGUCUGGAGCCACCGUUGUGGGGCAUGUUUAAGUACAUAACCUUUCUGGGUGGCCUGUUGCAGUCUGGGUACUAUGCCUUGGCGCUGACCCACGAUCUCUGGCGGCUGCCAUCCCUGCGGAAUCUGCGCGACUACAUAUUGGCCACCUUUGUCGUCCCACUGGCCCUCACGGCGAGUCUGACCUUUUGGUCACUGUAUGCAAUCGAUCGAAAUGCGAUAUAUCCGGGUCUGCUGGACUCAAUCUACCCGGGAUGGCUGAACCAUGUGCUGCACUCCUACAUCGCGGUCUACGCCCUCAUUGAGUUUGUCAGCACACGCCACAGAUAUCCGGAUCGCAGUCGGGGAUUCGUUGGACUGGCUGCCUUCAUGGCAGGAUACCUGGUAUGGAAUUACUACUUCUGGUUCAGGACCGCCAUCUGGGUGUACCCCUUCCUGGGGGGCACCGACUGGUACAUCCAAGUCCUCUACUUCGCCCUGAUCAUCGUCGUCGCCUUCGUUUACUAUCUAGUUGGAGAGCACGUCAACCGCGUCCUUUGGGUGAAAACCACCGGCGAUAUGGUAGCAAAAAAAGUUGCUUUAUUAUCAUUAGUCACGUUUUAACAUCUUCAUGCUAGGCUUAACAUCGCCUCUUAACAAAACAUGAUUUAUGUUUAUACUACAGCAUACAAAAUUGUGCAAUUUUUUAAAAAUAAUGCAGUUACAACUUAAUGAGGCUUUAUUAACAAAAAUAUUUGGGUAGACGUAAUUUAAAUUGAAUGAGCGUGAGAAAAAUAGGUGGUAUUGGAAGGUAUUUAGAGAAGAAUUGGGUGGGGGUUGUAGCGAGGCUUUGCUUCGCAGUUAAUUUAAAUUAGUUUGCACUGCUUUAGAAUACAGAGCAGCCAGUUUAUUUAACCAACGCUUUUGAAAAGGUUAUAAACCUUAAAAUCAUCUGGAUCUGAACAGAAGCCGGAUUGUUGACAAGCUGUUAAAUUUCGAUUAGCACACGCGAACAGCUGUUGAAUUGUUUGAUAAAUUCUCUGGAACAGCACGUUUGAAGAUCAUUGGGGCAUAUCACCGAAGGUCAACGGCAGCUCCCGCUAACAACAAAGGAGACAAAAUGUGUUUUAUGUUGGUGGUGCUAAGAAAGUGGAAAGUGUGUGAAAAAAAUGUAGACAUUAUUUGUCUAGCCUUCAUUAAACAAAAAUUAGGAAUUUCCUUAAAAUGUUUAUUAAACACAAAUUGAAUCGAAUUGUGUUUAGCAUACUUCAGGUAAUUUUAAUCAGAUUUGUAUUCAGAAUAACUAAAUUUAAAGUCAC